UUUCUCUUUUUCACUUUCAGCAAUUUCUGCAUCCCUAAUCCCUAUCCACUAUCCAGUCUCCUUGAUAGCUACGAAAUUACGAAUAUUACAGUAAAUUAAAAAUUAGGCAGACACUGCCGUACUGGCGGUAUUAGUGGCGUGGAUAUUCGGCGCAAGACCUAGCCACCCUUGGAUGGCGAAACGACUUACGAUAGGGGGUGACGGUGUGAACCCAAAAUUUUUUGAGUUUUGGUAACUUUUGGACCUUUUUACUUUUAGCUUUUGCCUUUUUGUGACUUUGUCACGUUUGUCAGUUGUUCUGUUUCAGUUUUCAGUGGCUGUACAUUGCUCAUUUUCAGUUCCUUUUUAGUUUUCGGAUUUAUUUUAAGAUCGCUUUUUUGUUCAUCGUCAACUAUUGAUCACCUUCAUGAUUCAUCUCCUCUCGAUACAGAAGCCAGUGUUUGGAGCGUCAAAGAAGACUUCAGCGAGAUCGACGAUGAUGUCAUUUUAAUUCUUUACACGUUUACCGUGAAGCGCGCAGUGAAGGUUUCCAGAAUCUGCAGGUUAUUUUGCGUGACACGAGCUGUGGAUCGACGAUAUUUUUCUGCUUGGAAGGACUACGUCUUCGAAGCAAGAUCGGUCCCCAGUCAUGGGGGCUACAGGGGCUCGAGUUCCAAGUCCAAAAAAAUCCAACACAUCCAACAUCUCUGCAACUUAUAUACGGCAUUUAUUGCACAGGAGAACACAGGAGAACGCGAAAUCCGGAAAGAUGAAGGUAACUACACGAUUACGAAAGCCAAAAAAGAAGGCCGUGAAACCGGCUAGCGACACCUCCGGGAUAACGAAGAAACGGCGCACCCGGAAACGACGAUAUCGUCGCAAACGUCGGACAACUGCUCCCACACUUGCCAAAAAACCCGUUGUCAGACAGCCUAUACCUAGUACAUCUGAUGUCACCGUGGGCACUCAAAGUGACUCAGAGUCCGAAGAGAAAGUUAUACCGAAGAAGCGCGGUAAUAGAAAGAAGGAUGUUCCCAGAAUGCUGGAAAAGAAAAUAAAGCGUGAUGAUGACAACUCGGCACAGGGGAGUUCAAGUCGAAAAGCGCGAAAAAUUGUAGAUGUUAUAACUCUCAGCGAUGAUGACGAAAUUAAAAAAGUUCCAGUGAAAAUGAAAGGAGAAAAGAGCCAUCAGAAUAAAGCUACGCAGCCGAAAAAGAAGAAACGAACUCGUUUGCGGCAGUUUGCUGCGGCUGGAACAUCUAGUGAUGAUGAUAGCGAUUACCGUCCGGAGAGUAAUGACGAUGAAAUGCCCAGUACGAGUACGGCUAGCAGAAACGAUACUCGAAAAACAAAAACUUCCGCCUCCAAAAAUGGAAAUUUUUUGAAAUCUGAUGCGAUGACGUCUGUUCCUAGUGUGCCUGUUGAGGUUGUAUCUCAACUUCUUUUCAUCCCUCCGGUGGCGAGAGCGAUUGCUAAGAGCUUACCGAUGAGAUCAUUGUUGUCACUUGCACAGGUUAACAAGGAUAUGCAAACCACAUGCACUUACGAAAGGAACCUUGCACGUCGUCAAAAUUUCGACUGGGCUCACUUCCCCAGCAUUAUAACAGCCCUCAAUGAUUCUUCUUUGUUACACGAAAAAGAUAUUUUCGGCAGUUCGUUACAGGAACUAUAUUGCGAACCUGAGAUGGUGAUUUGUUUUUCGGCUCCUAAAAUCAUGUUUGGCCAUAAAUUAAGGUUUGAUGACCCAAGAAGUCCAGAUUUUGGAGAAAGAAAAGAUGUCUGCAGAAUAUUGUCUGAUUUGAUGCCGAAAGAUGCUCGAAAGAUUUUGCAUAUUCGGACACAGGGUGUGCUGCCGCCGCUUCCCUCAAUUAUGACUGGAAAUCCUAGAAAAAUUGAUCACUGGGGCUGUAAGACAUCCGCUCGGGAUCUCAGUGUGCUGGUAUUUCCAAAAAUCAACGGAGUAAACAUAUGGCGUGAACAUCUUACGGAAGCAGAACUGCGAGUGCAGCUAAAAAAUAAUGGAUGGUUAGAAAACCGGUCCCAUAACCACUUCUUAUUGCCGAUGAUCAAGGAGCUAGAAAUUGUCGCUCCGAAAUUGGUAAUCAUGUUUACCAGGCGAUUCGCUCACCAUUCGCAUGUUUUGUCAUCCGAAUUUCCUGUUUUGGUGCUAAACACUGUGGAUAAUCUUGGCGAAGAACGCUACUCAUCUCACGGAGAUCCUACAUUAGAUUAUGGGCUAGAGUGGUUGGCGUUUGGUGGAAAAGAUUGUAUUGCUUAUCAGGUUGCGUUAGACGAUAAUGUCGGUCAGAUGGAGCACGCAAGAGUUCUUCGUCAAUUGCGUGAUCAGUUUACCGCGCAGCAGGUUAUGGGAGGCAGAAUGCUGCUGUUUUACUUCAGCAAGGUUAAUCAGGGUAUAAGGGAUUCCGCUGAAAUGGACCGGCUGUAUGAGCAGGAUGUGAAGCAGUUAAGGGAAGAAUUCCCUCGAGUUCCUAUAUUUGGUGGAAGUUAUCCAACAGUUAUUGGAAGUGUUUUUACGAAGGAUAAAGCGGAUGGCAACUUCGGAAAAUUUUUCCACGGCGCCUCAACAUCAUUUGUGUCUGCAGUAAUUUUGGGUCAGCAUUAGAAAUCUGCCGCUUAGAAUAAUGCAUCACUUUAUACGUUUGUUGUAAAUAUUAUCCAUAUUAAAUAUGGAACGCACCUAUAGUAUCACAUUUUGGUGUAACGGUGCUGUCUUUUAAACUCCUAUGGUUCAGUUGUGCAUUUCUUGAUCUGCAAAUUGCCCCUUUUUUCAUUAGAAUGGAAUUACGGCAAGAAAAGUUCGGACAGGAGUCAGCCACGAUGUUUUGUAAAACUUACUCAAAUAAAUAUGC